AUGCUGGCUUUUGCCGCAACUUCGCAGGCCUCCUGGGAAGCGAUCGGGGCUAGCAUGUUUGCGGGUUUAGAGAACGGCGGCCCUGUGGCCCUCAUAUAUGGGUUGAUUUUGGCAAUUCUCGGGUCGCUGGGGAUGGCUCUUUCGCUGGCCGAACUUGCGUCAAUAACCCCUGUGGCUGGAGCUCAGUACCAUUGGACGUACGAUCUUGCUCCGUUCGCUCCUCGAUUCCUGAGUUUUAUGCAAGGAUGGAUUACAAUCAUUGCCUGGUGGGCCAAUACCGCCACCUCGCCUUUCUUGAUCGGAACCCAAAUUAAGGCCCUUGCCGUCCAGAACAACCCGAGCUAUAACCCCAAACCCUGGCACACCACUCUGAUCAUAUGGGCGGUCUUGUUGAUCCCUUUAGCCGUGAACAUCUACGGUCGGCGUCUGCUGUCUGCCGUGGAAGUAAUCGGUGGUACCAUUCAUAUUGUUUUUUUUCCCGCCGUCCUCAUCACCUUAAUCGUCCUGGGCUCUCGCAACUCUUCGGAGUUCGUGUGGACCUAUUUCGAGAACUCUGCCAGCGGCUGGCAUAAUGAUGGUAUCAUUUGGUCGGUUGGUCUCUUGACUGCAGUCUAUACAUUCAGUGGUUUCGACGGAGUGGUGCACAUGGCCGAGGAGGUCAAGGACGCCCGUCGGACAAUUCCCCGAUCUAUGGUAUACAGUGUCCUGAUCAAUGGUACUGUUGCCUUGGGAUUUACCAUCGGACUUUUAUACACGAUGGGCAGCUUGGAUGACGCUCUCAACACCCCAACCGGCUAUCCACUCCUUGAGAUCUUCUACGCGGCCACCAAGUCGAAUGCAGCUGCGUCGGGGAUGUUGAUGAUGUUCAUCUUGCCGGGGUUUGUAGCCCUGCUCAAUGGGCUGGCAUCGGUUACCCGGCUGACCUGGGCGUUUGCGCGCGAUGAAGGUCUUCCCUUCUCCAGCUACUUCGUACAUAUCUCCUCGUGGCACAAGAUUCCUUUGCGUGCACUCUUCCUAGUCUCAACCAUUAUCGUGCUUCUUGCCGUGAUCAACAUCGGUUCCACCACAGCCUUCAAUGCGCUCCUGUCUCUCGCAACUCUGGGCCAGUACAUCUCUUACCUCAUUCCCAUCAUUUUUCUCCUAAUCAAGCGCAUUCGCGCACCGCAGGAGGUGCGCUGGGGCUCAUUCCGACUGGGAAAAUGGGGGAUCCCGCUCAACAUUUUCGUGAUCAUGUACGGAAUAUACAUUGUCAUCUUCCUCCCGUUUCCCCCUAACUACCCAGUAACGGCGACGAACAUGAACUAUGCCGCACCUGUCUUUCUGGCAGUGGUGUUCUUCGCCGUUAUUGAUUGGUUUGUCAGGGGUCACAAAUGCUGGCACGGCCCCAGGAUCAAGGUGACAGCCGAUUAA